AUGCCAUACACUGCGCCGCUGAAGUCGACGCUUUCCGCGCAGCACAUUGAAUACUCCGCCCCGGUCUCUCAAUCCUGUCCCACCUCGCCCACGCUGGCUAGCCCUCAAGAAGGACGCGCCAAUCUUUCGCGUUUCUAUCACUCGACAGCCUAUCUCCGGAAGCACCGGAGAAGCUCGUCAAACAGCAAGAAUUCCGUUGACAAACCCUUUAAAGUUCAUCAUGCCCUUGAUCCCCAUGGCAGUGUUCGACAAUCACCUCCUCCCGUAAGUGAGGCUCUCAUGCCCCCUGGAGCUAUCAUCUCUCCACCGGAAUCUGGCCCCAAUUCCAGCGACGAAGAGGCCCCGUACAAGCAUCGAGAUGCUCCCCGCUUGGAGGAGCUCGAGGCCGCAGUGAGAUCCAUCGAGCAAAGAAGGGUUUCCUCCCCCGAACGUCAAUCCGCGAGCGAGAUGCCCUCCUCCAGUAUCACUCCCACAGCCAAUGCUGCCAAGACACCCACGCGUCCGCCUCUGUCCAGGGAGGCUCGCAAGAUCUCCCACUCGCGGUCUUUCACAGAGAAUGCCAUCGUGCAUCGUCCCGAUGACUCCGCGUUAACAAGCUCGCCCGAAGAAAGUGAUCGAGAUGAUGAACCACAACCCAAACAUCCUAUGGUCCGUAAAAAGUCGGGGGAGCUUGUGAGACCCGCUCUGCGUCCAGCUUCGGCUCGGAGGCGCCCAUCAAGCAUGCCGGGAACCCCCACCUACUCCAAGGCGGUCCAUUUCGACUCUCAGCUUGAACAUAUCCGGCAUUUCUUGCAAUUGGACAAACCACAGGCGGUCAGUACUGGGACCUCGCCUGUCGAAGACUUCGAGGCGCAACGAGAAUUCCCGUUCAAAAAGGAAGGCUCUUCUGAUGGGUCAUCUCUGGAAUGGCGAUUGCAUCUUUCCAACUUCCCCAAAGACACUGCGACUCGAUCCCAGCAACGAGUCCGGCUGGAACGACUGUCUCUCUCGUCCGACAAGAACACCCUGGUUGGCGUGGUUGCGGCGGCAAACUUGACAUUUGAGAAGCAUGUCGCCUCUCGAUUCACAUUCGACCAGUGGAACACUGUAUCUGAGGUCCAUGCAGAGUAUGAUCAGGGUUUGAACCGCAAUCAAAAGUACGACGGGUUCGAUCGGUUCACAUUCAACAUCAAGUUGAAUGACCAGGCGAACCUAGAAAGGAAGACCAUGUUCAUCUGCAUCCGCUACAGUGUCAAGGGCUGCGAGUACUGGGAUAAUAACCAUUCUAGGAAUUUCCAGGUGAAUUUCCUGAGAGUCCCCAAAGCGAAACCUUCAUCCAACAGCCCCCAGUCGGUGCCCUCGAUGGCAUCGCGUCCGACUCUUCCGCGGAGCAGGACCUUCGCCCAUUCCAGCACCCGCCCUCACUCGGUGCCUUCGGCCUUUGACGAUUUCUCCAACCUGAACGAUAGCCUAUCCUUCGGUCGACCCUCGAAAGAAUCCAAGAGCGUGACACUGUGUGAGGAUGCCUCCCAUGACCUUGAAACCCCGCCCCCUGUGCGCCGGGAAAAACAGUCCCACCAGAUGUUUGGUACUCGCUAUGACUUCGAGGCAUCCUUGUCUGCGGUUAUGCGGACCAAGCCGGAGCUCGAUCGGACAACCCUGACUGCUCGAGCGAAGUCUGGGCGACCCGCAACCAACGGCGAAAAACAAUUUCAGCCUAAGGGGAGAGGGUCUGAUAGUCAGAAAGACAUGUCAGUUGGCGAGAAGAACCCCCAAACAGGGCAUAGAGACGAAUCUAAACCUUCUACCCUAGCGUCCGGCAAACCGCACCGGGAGUCGUCAACCUACAAGGAACUCGUCGAUAGAUAUUGUUUCUUUGGGUCUUCAAACUCCAACGAUUCUGGACCUUCGGGGUCCGAAAAUGACGAGCAAGUCCGCAGGGAUCCGAUUCAUGCUUCCAAUUCACCAUCACCGAAAUCAUCUCCACUCCCGUCACCUAUUAUGGAUGUGACAAAGAGCAGCGGUCGGAGUGCCUCCGCUUUUCCGAAUUCUUCUGGCUAUAGCCAUCAUCAACCGAUCCAGAACAGUUUCUUUAAGGAAACUCAUACACCUACAGCCAUUCGAGGAUAA